UUAGUAUUGGUCGUUUUAAGUGGUGUCGAGCUCUUAUCCGCAGCGUGGCUCGAUCUCUAUUGGCUUGUUCUUUGGUGUACGUGAAGCUUGUGAGUCUGUGACACUGUCUUCUGGUGCCAAGCUCUUACCCGUAGUGGCUUUGUCUUUGGCAAAUUGAUGUCAAGACAACCUUUCUAAAUUGCCAUAUUAAGGAAGACAUCUAUAAAUGUAGCCACAACGGAUUUAUGCUAAAAACCAAGAGCAUAUUACGUGAUUCCGAAGCACAUUUGUCCAGUUCUGAGUGACUAGUACUGCUUCGUAGAUAGAAAUCCUGUGAAUGAGAAGACACCCUUUGCCAUCAGUAACAGGGCAUCAAGCUCGGAUGCCUGAUUCAAUUUGUUGGACCGAUCGAAGAUCCUCCACAAUUCCACCCUAAUGAGAAGGCACUCUUUGAGAUCCACCCAUAGUUUGUUCUAUUCGAUCCCUUUUCUUGUUUUUGUUUCCUUUGUGCUUUUCUUUAUUGUGUCAUUUGUCAAAGAAGACAAAAAGAGAAGACACUCGAGCGCAUUUGACGUGCGCUCUCUCUUAAUAAGCUGCACGUUAUAUCUCUCUAAGUGCUUUGUUAUUUAAUUUCCUCCUACCGAUCAGAGUUCAUAGGGAAACAUGGAUUUCUUGAGCUGCAUAAUAUGUCUUUGCCUCACCUGGAUCUUAAUCAAAAUCUUCCUUACGAUUCCAAGAAGCCAUCCAAAUCCCAAAAAGCUUCCACCUGGUCCAAAACCUUUUCCGGUCAUCGGAAACCUCUUAGAUCUCGGCGACAAACCCCACAAGUCCUUAACCAAGCUUGCCAAGGCUCAUGGCCCCAUAAUGAGCCUAAAGCUAGGCAGAGUAACCACGAUCAUCAUUUCUUCAGCAAACACCGCCAAACAAGUCCUCCAAACACAUGACCAACUCCUCUGCAACCGAACCAUCCCCGACGCUCUCCGAGCCCACAAUCAAGACGUGUUCGGGUUGCCAUGGCUACCCGUUUCUACCCGGUGGAGAAACCUUCGCAAAAUAUGCAAUGGCCAACUGUUCGCCAGCAAAACACUUGAUGCCAACCAGGAUAUCCGGCGCAAGAAAGUGCAACAACUCCUUGCCGAAACUCGUCAAAGCAGCCUAACCGGUGAUGCAGUAGAUAUUGGCAGAGUGGUUUUCAAGACUACGCUUAAUCUCUUAUCAAACGCCAUUUUUUCAGUGGAUUUGGCUGACCCGAAUUCUGACAUGGCUCGAGAGUUCAAGGAGAUCGUCUGGAAUAUUAUGGAAGAGGCAGGGAAACCCAACAUAGCAGAUUAUUUUCCAGUGCUUAAGAAGAUCGACCCACAGGGCAUAAGGCGGCGCAUGACAGUUCACUUUGGAAAGACUAUAAACCUCUUUGAUCGAAUGAUUACCCAACGGUUAAAGCUGAGGGAAGUGUCAGGUUCAACGACUAACAAUGAUAUGUUAGAUACCCUUCUCAACAUCAGUGAAGAAAACAGCCAAGAGAUGGACAAAUCUAAGAUAGAGCAUUUGUUUGUGGACCUAUUUGUUGCGGGAACUGAUACAACUUCAGCCACAUUGGAAUGGGCGAUGGCAGAGCUACUCCACAACCCAGAGGCACUGUCUAAAGCCAAAACAGAACUGGAGCAAGUAAUUGGCAAAGGCAAUCCAGUUGAGGAGUCGGAUAUUACUAGGCUACCUUACUUACAAGCAGUAGUGAAAGAAACAUUUCGGCUGCACCCGGUAGCUCCUUUCUUAUUGCCUAGGAAAGCUGAAGUAGAUGUGGAAAUUAACGGCUAUACUAUUCCAAAGGAUGCACAGGUGCUAGUGAAUGCAUGGGCUAUAGGCCGAGACCCAAACUUAUGGGAGAAUGCAGAUUCAUUUAUGCCGCAAAGGUUCUUGGGGUCAGAAAUUGAU